CAGACCGCGACUGGGAGCUCCUUUUCUGAUAUUUGUAGUUUGGAGGGUAUCCUAUCCACUGGAAAGCGCCCGCCCUUAUGCAUCGCUCGAGUACACGAGGGUGUGCCAGCCCUGUGAUGUACAGCGACAUGCCUUCGUACUCGCCUCCCAUCCCCCCACCCCCUUGCGCUACUGUUUGAUUAAUUUCGUCGUUCUCGAUCUUGGUCACACCCUGGUCAUAUCUCGUCAAUCCCGUAGUCAAAGAUAAAACUGGCAAGGACAAAGAAGACGCUCCAGCUAGGGACGGCCACCUACGUCGCCCUCCUCCUGUUGAUAUGCAUCUUUGGCCGUUUGGAGCUGGCGAUGACGGUGCAGCUAGGUGCGAUCGGGCUGGGCCUGACCGCUUGCGGAUCUGGAGCGGCGAAGCUUUGCCACACCCUUCGGGACUUGGGGGAAAACAGCGCCAUCAUCGCGCAUACCGUCUUCAGGGUGUCUCGGGCAAUGGGCAUUUCUCUCUAUGGCGUUUUUAUCGGCGAGGCGAUGCUCCUCUCAAGUCGUACAAGGAAGAGCGACCCGACAAACCUCGCUCUCCUCGGAAUAACAGUAUCAUCUCUCUCCAAGUGCUUCCUCAACAAGGCGAUCUUCGAGUACAUGGUGGAAUCUGCUCGGGCCAAGAAAUACAGGAUCGAUGUUCAGUCACGCUUACAUGCUGCUGCGCCUCCCACGCUGAGGCCAGCUUUGCGCCUCCUUUCGUCGCUGCGCUCAGUCCGGGAGGGCAAAACCAACAAGAUUUUCAUCCAUGAGCAGGAUGAGCAUAAACCGACCAUCGACUCGGGCAACACCAUCUCCAUGAUCCCUUUGACACCCGCCUCCAAGAUGUCGCCGAGGUAGGCAAGCAAUAGGUGAAGGAAGGGAGCAAAGGCAGCAUAGCUGUACAGCCGCUCAACAGAGACGUCCUUCUUGAGACGACGACUCCCAGCCCCCUCGGGCGGUGGGCGGUCGCGGUGGGGCCGACAAGAAAGCGUCCGAACUCGACUGAUCAAGAUUGUCUCCUCGCAGGAAGGAGCCGGAUCCCUCACCGUCGUCAGAUGACAGGGCCGGGUCUAGAGCAGAAGAUUACUUUCGAACACGGGAGACCAGGUUCCAUCCUGAGUGGUCCUGUCCCCUUUCGGGCCAACAAGGAGAGAGUGCACGGUUGUGCCCUUCGAAGGCGUCAGUCGCGCACCGUAAGUCUGGCAGCCUGUCCAACUAAACGCCCUUCCGCGUCUUUCACGUUCCACACGGCUGCAGACAUCCUGAACGAUUCUCCAGUUUUGGUUACCCGCACCUCUUACCCCUGCGUAGUCUUGCGGGGGGAGAACGUUCUCGUCGACCUCACGCACGAUUGUGAGCAACUCCUCUCGUUCUCCCCGCAGGUUCUCCUCGCAAGACUUUCGCGACGGCAGGGCAGUAAACUCUUCCCAGGUGUAGCCGAACGUCCUCAAACUCGCGGCGUUCCCUACGACAAUAAAUAUCGGAUCCUCCGCAUUCCGCAGGAAGUCAUGCGAAACGAUGGGCACAUCCGACCUGUCGAUCUCUCGCUCUUGCUCCUCGGGACUCAACUUCUCCCGAUCGAGGCCGUCGAUGAUACCGCGGCCAAAAGUGUCCUCAAACGAGUCCAGCAUUAGUUGGACCCAGGCAACGGUGGCGGAUCCCUUGGAUUGAGCUGGCAACAUCUCCUCUUCUCGUUCUGUAGUUAAGGGUGGCCUCUGCGAUGGCCGCCCAUCCGCAAUCCCACCGGCGGAUUGACAGCAGUAUUUGGGUACAUUUGAGGGGCGGACAAGGGUUGUGAUGGCACCACCACCACGCCGCCAGAGUGCGGAGUUUGAACAAGCGGCGCCCAAGAAGGCUAACGCGCGGCCCGCACCGAGAGCCAACAAAGCGAGUACGGGAAUCACUCUUGCUUGUUUUACGGCCGCCGCUGUCAUGGCUGCUGUGCUACUGCUGUGCAU